AUGGCAGCUGGAUUGACGUCACGUGACAGCAAUGACAGUGACAGCGAUGUCAGAGUGAAGCGGAGCGCCAGUGCAAGGGCCGAUUAUUUAGCGCGCAAACAGGCCUUAAAGGACGGUUUUUAUGGUGUCCGGGGCCCCACUAGCCGCAUCAUGUCCGACAACGCGUUCCCCGUGGACAAGUUGGUGCGCGUCGGCUACUACGAGCUGGAGAAGACGAUUGGCAAGGGCAACUUUGCCGUGGUGAAGCUGGCGACCCACAUCGUCACCAGUACAAAGGUGGCGAUCAAGAUCAUCGAUAAGUCGGCGCUGGACGAGGAGAAUCUGACGAAGAUCUUCCGGGAGACCGCCAUCCUCAAGAGGCUGCGCCAUCCGCACAUCACCAAGCUGUACCAGCUGAUGGAGACCAAGCAGACCAUCUACAUGGUGACGGAGUACGCGAGCAACGGCGAGAUUUUCGAUCACCUGGUGGCCAAGGGGCGAAUGGCGGAGCCCGAGGCGAAGCGCGUGUUCAGCCAGAUAGUGGCGGCGGUCGCCUACUGCCACUCGCAGGGGGUGGUGCAUCGCGACCUCAAGGCCGAAAAUCUGCUGCUGGACCACAAUCUGAACAUUAAGCUGGCCGACUUCGGGUUCAGCAACCAGUUCAGCGAGGGCAACCUGCUGAGCACGUUCUGCGGGUCGCCGCCCUACGCCGCCCCCGAGCUGUUCCGCGGGCUGCAGUACGACGGGCGGCGCGCCGACAUCUGGAGUCUGGGCGUCGUGCUGUAUGUGCUCGUGUGCGGCUCGCUCCCCUUUGACGGCCACACGCUGCAAGCGCUCCGCAACGUGGUGAUGGAGGGCAAGUUCCGCAUCCCCUACUUUAUGUCGCAAGAUUGCGAGCGGCUGAUCCGACACAUGCUGGUGGUGGACCCGGAGAAGCGGCUGAACAUGGCGCAGAUCAGCCAGCACAAGUGGCUGAGCGACGCGGAGCCGCCCCUGCGCGCCGACCUGGAGGAGGACCAGCGACUGAACAACACCGUGAUCGAGCACAUGCUGCAGCUGCCCGGGCUGGACCGGGCGGCCAUCGCCUGCUCCUUGGCGGCCAACUCCUUCGACCACAUCUACGCCAUCUACCAUCUGCUGCUGGACAAGCUGAGGCGGCGCACGCGCGACUUCCAGAGCACCGUGGAGCGGCAGAAGCGGCCGCUGGAGACGCCCGCCCCCUACCGGCGCGAGAGCUUCAACGAGGCGUGCCUGGGCGCGUUCGCCGCCGGCGGCAAAGACCCGCACCUGCUGAAGCCGCCCACGGUGCUGAGCGUGGGCGGGUUCGGGCGGCGCGCCUCCGACGGCGGCGCCAACCUGCACAUGAGCUGGGGCGCGUCGCCCGGCUCCCACGAGCAGCUGUCGCUGAUGUCGGCCAGCUCCAGCGGCAACCCGAGCAGUCUGAGCAGCGGCACGCAGCCGCUGGACGAGCUGGCAGCGGCCCGCUACCUGCAGGGGCGCGGCAACGCCAAGCGCCACACCAUGGCCAACCCGGAGGACGUGGGCGGGGCG